AUGGCAGACACUGAUCCACUACCGGCGUAUGAAUCCCACGACUCAGCUGUCCUUCCCGCCAAGCAAGAAUUAUUGCGGGACGAGCAACCCUCGAGCCGGUCCGUCGAUCAUAUAGAGCAGCCGGUUGCAGUUCACAAGGGUCCGACUGGCACGCGAUUUUCAGAAUUUGAUAUAUUUCGACAUGCCAUCGCAGAACCGGACCAAACACGGCUCAUCGAGAAGUUGAGGGCACUACACUCCCCUGAAUACGCCGCUUCAUUUUCAACGUCUCCUCUGGACAUCGAAUAUCUCGCCCAACAAUGUCUGGGCUGGAUCCUCAACGAAGACGUCCCGCACCAUGAGACAAAUCUUGUAUCCCGGCUCACCAGCCACGCCUUGGCACAAGCUCUCGAAGGCAGCUUGGACCCUGCAACGAUCUCGACAUUUCAGGACUUCAUCCUCGCUACAACGCUCGCAUACACGGCAUGGCGCGACCAAAGGAUCCCGUCACAGCGGCUGUCAGUCCACGACCUGCACCGAGCAAGCUACCUAGCCGGCUCGUCACUUCUCCAAAAGCUCGACCAGCAUCUUCACUCAGACACGCUUGACAAAGCCCCAAGACCAACGCUUCAGGCACUAUUCCUCGUCCUGUUCGGCACAACACUAGGAGUGGCCUACUCGACACAGGUGGGCGGCCGGCCCACCGCAGACUCGACGGACCUGAUCGGCAAGGUCCUCACGGAAAGCCCCACCCCCUACAUCACCAUGAAGGAGCGCCUCUGCCACCUCCUCGCCGACAAGCUGGCCCUCCUCACCGGGCUCCUCUGGGAAACGCUCGACACCGCGGCCACGCGCGGGUGUGUCCUCGAUGGGUGUCUUAUGGGUCGGUGGAACCGAUCCGGUCAGUGGGUCUGGGGCAACCUCAUGCCUCACUACACAUGGCCACCGAGUGACCACUCGUUGGACUGGCUUGUGCACCGCCCCGGGGGCACGUUCCAUCCUACGCCGCGGGCCGCCGUGAUGAGGUGCCCCGAGGUCUUGAGCCCGCUGAUGCCGAGCAUGGACUCGUCGGACAGGGGGAAACGGAGGUCCAUGUUGGUGGUCGGUCCAAGUUCGCAUGGGCAGCAUAUGUACGCUCGGAUGAGGACGCAUACUGGAUCUGAUGGGCCGUCCCUUUUCGUCUAG